AUGCCAUACCUUGAGGUGUGGAGAAUGAAUGAAGACUCUAAUGAAUCGGUCGACUCGAGCGGACCCCUCGCCAGCGCCGCAUUAAAAACAAUUAAUUUCGCGAAUAAAACAAACACUUCGGAAAGUAAUGUCAAUUCAUUGCGUAAUAGGGGUUACGAUAGUAUCGCGUCUAGUCUUCAGUCACUCUUCUCAUCAACAAAUAACCGGUACUCCAGUGAACAGCCGGUCCCACAGAACAUGUCUUCCUUACUAUCAUUUGCUGCACUCGGAAAUCACUUGAAAGGAUUCACUGACAGAAAACAAUCCAAUUCUCAUACAAACAAUUCGUGGAAAAAGAGCUCUUCGACCGCAAACUUAGGGCCCGCGCCAUGGAUUGACAAAUCCUUCUUUACAACGCCGUCCACUUCUUCAUCCCAUUCCGGAACAUUGCCAUCAAAAGUUGAUGCAUUGGGCAAAAGCACCGGACCUGUUGACUAUACCAGAUAUGUUAAGAGAUUUGUAAACGCAUCGGAUUGUGGUUUCCCCUAUUGCAAAGAACUCAACUAUAGAGAGCACUUUCAUUGCAUGGAUUGUAAUUCAAGAGUUUUUGUCAAAAAAGAGGAGAUGAUUCGCCACUUUAAAUGGCAUAAAAAACGUGAUGAAUCUCUAAUACACGGAUUCAUGCGAUACUCUCCUUGCGAUGACUGUUCCGAUAAGUUUCCAAACUGUGCUCACAAUCGAAAGCAAACUCAUUAUCAUUGUCUCAAACAAGGCUGCGAUAAGUUGGUAUCCGACUGCGCUAAUAAACACACUACAUCUGAUGUUCAAAUGCACGCCAAUUACCACAGAAAGGAUACGGCAAUUAUUCAGGAAGGCUUUCAGAGGUUUCGCGCCACUGAAGACUGUUUGCUCGAGUCGUGCGUUUUCUUCGGCCAAAGAACCACACAUUUCCACUGCAGACGAGACAACUGUAACCAUACCUUUAAGAACAAAGCAGAUAUGGAAAAACACAAGUCUUAUCACAUCAAAGACGAGCAGUUAAAUCGGGACGGAUUCAAGAAGUUUAUGAAACAUGAGAUCUGUUCGUUUGAAAGCUGCCGCUUCUCUCGCGUUUGCAAUCAUAUUCAUUGCAUACGUCCAGGGUGUUCAUAUGUCCUGCACUCAAGCGGUCAGUUAUACUCACAUAAAAGGAAACACGAAAGAAGAGAGAAUGAAUUGGCGUAUAGGAAGUUCCGUUUAGCACAGAAUAUGUUCAGAUCUCUUAAUAACGACAACAACACUAACAUAGCCUUUGGUUUCCUUGAGGCAAAAAACAUUCCUGGCUCAAAUUUUGGCUGCGAUGACGACAGUAAUAGAAGUAGUAAUGCAAUGAAUGAAGCGGAAGCACUGGCGAGUCAACUGCCUCUCACACAAAUCGGUGCAAUUCCUUUAGAAGACAUAAUCGGCGAAAUACCUGAGACUAAAUGUUUGCAAUUGUUUACAAAAUUUAAGAAAGGAGAGCAAUGUUUGACAGAGGAUUGCAAAUUGAAAGGCAAUGAACACAAUCACUGCAAAAGGUGUGAAUUCUGUGCCUCCAAUUUGAACCAACUGUUAGAACACGCGAAAACUCAUAUAACACAAGACGAGGCGACGCCUCUUAUAUUUGAAGAGUCAGAUGACGGAACCGUUUGUACUAAAGAGUGUGAAUACUAUCAAAAGGAGCGCCACUAUCACUGCAGAAUGUACGGGUGUUCGUGUGUGGUUCCCAUUAGUGACACUUCGUUCAAGAAGUUAGACCACUAUCUAAUGCAUGAACAACAGCAACGGAUUAAUGCACAAAAUGAGUUACAAUCGGCCGCCUAUUCGCAGAGUCCCCCUCCGCCGCCGCAAUCCCAACAUUUUCUCGACCAUCAACUCAUGCAACCCUUCACACAGACUUAUCCCACCGGAACAUCCAUCACAUCCAUCGAUGGACUUCCAAUACUUAAGCGAAAACGCGGUCGACCGCCGAAGAAUAAAAUCGUUGAAAUGCCUCAAACACUUUACCCCAACUUUAAAUUACCCAAAAAUGACUUAUCGUCGCCGCUAUCGAUGCCUUUAGGCAUUUCACCAUUCAAUUUGGCGGCCGCCCUCUACGGCAAUACCAAUCUCUCACUCCCGGCGUCCACCGCUCUCUCAGACAUGAUUGCCUGUCAGUCCACUGGAGACGACACCAAAACAAUUCCAAUUCCUCUUAUGCUUCCGUAUACUAAGUCUAAUAUUCAAGAAGGCUUUAUAGUGUUUGAUGAGGGCUUUCCCUGUACUGACAACUUAUGUAAAUACUUUUGUCAAAAGCACUACCACUGCUCUAAACCGCGCUGUUAUUACGUAACCAACAUAAGUGAGGCAAUAGUUACGCACUCAAAGGAAUUUCACGACAGCAUCGAUAUAAUGGAGGGAUUCGCGUACUUCGAUGGCGGCGUCGACUGCCGUAUAGCCGGUUGUGUCCACAAUAAAAUGAACCGUCACUAUCACUGCACUAGGAAUGGCUGUAAUUAUGCUUUCGUUAGAUAUACCCAAAUGAGUCCACACGAAGAGAAACACAAACGCGAGAAUAGUGUUGAGAAAACCAACCAAAUCUGUGAUCAAACAUAUUUUGCUAACAAAUCCAAAUCCAGUGCCACUGCAUCUCAGGCCAGCUCUCACUCCGACGAUGACAGAGAUUCGAUGAAAAGUCCACUCAAUCUAAACAAUAAUCAUAUGUCCAAUAAUUGCAAUAAUAAGAUGCAAACCACAGUGAAAGCGAAGGGAACAUUCUAUCCCCUCUCAUCCCUUUCCAAACGAAAAUUAAGUCAAUCUUUAACAUCAAAUACAAAAACUGACGAUGAAAGUGAUGAAGAAGACAUUGAUGACUGCGAUAGCGAUGUCCCAAACAGUGAGAUUAUGAGACGAGAGGCGCUCAAUCAUCUGCUUCAGGAUCAGUCGCCAUUCAAUCUAAAUACUCAAACAAACCGUUUGCACAGAAAAUUAUUUUCUCCAACGGAUGAAAAGCAUCAGCAGUUCUCUCCCAGUAAUGGAUGUGGACUUCCCUUCUGUAAACUUAAAAAGAGGGAUCACUUUCAUUGCAAUGUCUGUAAUCAGUUGUAA